AUGUGCGGACACCUCAUUUUCCUGGCCUGCCUGGCCCUUUCCCUGGCGCUUUCCCUGGCUGCUCCCCUCGAAUCGAACGCAGACGCUUACCUGGACAAGUUCCUCGAUCUCUAUUUGGACGAGCCGCAGCAGAAAGUGCCUGAAGAUGAUAUUUACGAAACUAUGCAGGGGGAUCAGCCCGCCAUGGAUAACGCUAUCGCUCAGGCGGGUUCAGCUGUCGGUGGUGAAGACGGGAAUGUGACUCAGUACGAGUACUUGAUGGCUUUACGGAAUAGGUCUAGAGAAAACAGCAUACGUGAAUUGAAAAAUAAAAUUCUUCAAUAUUUGGGAAGGAAUGCCUCGGCGAUCAAACCUGCAGGGGAUAUCGCAGGACCUUCCCAGCUGAACAUUUCUGAAUUGUUCCCAAGUUUGUUCAAUCAGAACUCAUCGGAUGAUGAUGAAAUCACUGAGAAGAUGAGGAGUUUCUACCCUUCCUGUGAGAUACCCGCCAAUACCGACCAAGAACUCUGGAAGGACGACGAAAUAAUGAACCUCUUCUUCAAUUUCGACUCCAUGCUCGAUUCCCGAAGUACGAACAUAGCCAGUGCCACGUUACGGCUCUAUAAACUGCCCAAAAACGGCACCAAAUUCAGUUCCACGACAGGUGACUGCGAGACCUCAAAUGCUACAGAAGAAGACAAAUUGUUGAGGGUUUCGAUAUAUCGGUACACCAAGCCGUUAAAAAGGAGAAGAGGAAAGCGCGUUCUGUCCGAUAGCAAAGUGAUCCCCGAGAACGCCAGAUGGGUGGAGUUGAACGUGAAGCCGGCUGCUAAGGCGUGGACCAAGUCGAGGAACUUAGGUCUGGGCGUUCAGGUGGAGGACCAGGAGGGCAACAUGCUGAGGGCGGACAAAUACUUCAAGGGAGCUUCGUGCACGGUUGGAGCGUCCACUCCCAAACCCAUCCCAACGAUCGUCGUCGACGCAACCAGAGAAUACAACGAGUUGGAUCGACUUCGCGGCCGAAAUUCAACGUCGGCCAUUUAUUCUGAUGCGCUCCUGCUCCCCACCAUAGACCUGUGUGUGGUGGAGUUGCCCGAAAACUACUCCCAGCCGGACGGCGGGCUCAACUUCCGGAUGAACGCGUGCCAUCUGAAGAAGGCCUACGAGGCCAACGCACAGAAAGAAAAUACUAGGCGAGAGCAGCUGGAGAGGGUGGCUUCGCUCUCCGACCUGGUGCUGCCCUCUGCCAGGCAUAUUCGGCACCAGCGGCAGCACCUCGCCGGCAAGCCGAAGGGCGGGCUUGACUUCGACCCGAGGUCGAGGAUUGUCGGCUCGACCGUCGUGCUCAAGUACGACGAUCUGCAGAACUUGACGGACAGCAGGUUCAACUUUUCGACGAUCAAUCGAUGA